AACACGUGUCCCCCAUUUUCUUGAAUUCUUUGUCUCAUGGAAAGUCCAUGAGGUCUUUGUUGUGAUCUAACCACCCAUACUAUGGCAUUCUCACAGUCCACGGCAAUUGAUUGAGGUUAGAUAAUUGAAUCAACACGUGUCACAAAAAAAAGGUCUACCCAAAUUAGUAAAAGCAAUUCCCUCACAUCUCUCUCUCCUCUCACACAAAUUCACAGCAAAAGCCACCAGGUACCAAGAACACCAAGAAAGUGGAAAAUUUUCUUGGAAAUAGACAUCAGUGGUCCAUAUUUGGGGGCUUAAGCUGUUGGGUUUUUUCGAUUUGUGGUGGGUAGUUGACAUUGUUUGCGGCAGAAGGAUCUUUCAGAAACCUUCUCAUGUAACUGUUGGAAGGUGAUGAGGGAACUGACAAAUAUCUUAGGUGAGUUUGGAAGAUCGGACUCAAUUGUUAAAUGUUAGCACUAUACAGAGUGGUUGUUGAUGGAAGAGAUGUCUCCAGCAGUUGCAGUUACACUGAGCUUAAGUAACUCAAUCUGUGAUAACUCUGGCAUCACAAGCCCUUUGGAAAUCACGCGGCUCAAGCUGGUCACAGAAACUGCAAACCUGUUAACUAUGGCAACACCAGACGGGGGAACAGGAGGGAAAUCUGAGUUGGAAGAGACGAUACCCAAAAGUGAAAGCGGAUGGAUUGGUAAUGAUGUCACUAUUCAGGAAAGUGAAGAAGAUGGAAUUCUUAACGUUGCAGAUGACUCAAGUGGAAUGGUAGGUGAGGAACUGUUAACUACGGAUACAAGUUUGCCGAUAGCUGUUGAAAUUGAGAAAAUUGAAACGGGUGAAAUUGUUACAAAGGUUAUAAGUUUGGGGGAACCAAGUAUUGAGCAGAAGCCUACAAUAGAUGUCUUGACUUUAGCAUCAAUCCCGAAUGAAAUCGAAAAGGGUCAAAUUGGCAGAUGCGGGAAGAGUGUGUUUGAACUCGAGUAUAUACCUCUAUGGGGUUCCGUGUCUAUUUGUGGCAAAAGAGCAGAGAUGGAGGAUGCUGUUGUAGCUGUUCCUUGGUUUAUGAAAAUACCAAUCAAGAUGUUUGUUGGAGAUCAUGUGAUCAACGGACUAAGCCAGAGUUUGAGUCAUAUAACCACACACUUUUUUGGAGUUUAUGAUGGUCAUGGAGGCUCCCAGGUUGCAAACUAUUGCCGUGAUCGGAUCCACUUUGCUUUAAGUGAGGAGUUAAAAGAUAUUGAAGCCGAUUUUGUGGAAGUAAGUAUGAGGGAUGCUCAGCAGGUUCAGUGGCAGAAAGUCUUCACCCAGUGCUUUCUCAAGGUAGAUGAUGAAGUUGGAGGGAAAGUUAGCAGAGGUGUUGCUUGUGACAAUGCAGAUGCCUGUGGCAGUAUUGUUGAUCCUGUUGCUCCAGAAACGGUGGGUUCUACUGCUGUAGUUGCAUUAAUCUGUUCAUCCCACAUUAUAGUUGCGAACUGCGGUGACUCAAGAGCAGUCCUUUAUCGUGGCAAAGAACCAAUGUCAUUGUCGGUAGAUCACAAACCAAACAGAGAGGAUGAAUAUGCAAGGAUUGAAGCAUCUGGAGGCAAGGUGAUACAGUGGAAUGGACACCGUGUAUUCGGUGUUCUUGCAAUGUCAAGGUCCAUUGGUGAUAGAUAUUUGAAACCAUGGAUUAUACCUGAACCAGAAGUCAUGUUUAUUCCGCGGACAAGAGAAGAUGAAUGCCUCAUUUUAGCCAGUGACGGUUUGUGGGAUGUAAUGACGAACAACGAAGCAUGUGAAAUAGCGAGACGACGGAUAUUGUUGUGGCACAAAAAGAAUGGGGAUAGUCCUCUUGUGGAUAGGGGCCAAGGAACUGACCCUGCGGCACAAGCAGCAGCAGAAUACCUUUCAAUGAGUGCUCUCCAAAAGGGUAGUAAAGACAAUAUCUCUGUGAUUGUUGUGGAUCUAAAAGCUCAAAGGAAGUUCAAGAGCAAAUCAUGAUGUUAUUAUGUUGUCCCACCAUUUUGUCCAAUCUUUAGUUCUCUCUACAACAUAUAGAACUGCAUCUCCCUAUUAAAUAGCUUGGUCCAUUUAUUUUUCAUGUGGACCUAAUGUGUAUGUUAAUAUGACAAUGUUUUAUGUUGGAACCUCUAGUGAUGCUCUACCUUGAGUCAUGGCUCUGUAAAUUGGAGCUGGUGUAGAAAAUAGGUAGGGACUUCUACAAUCCCUCAAUUAAGAAGUUAAUUUUCUCCUGUCUUUCUUUGUAAGGAGCUACUAGAGUCAGUUCAAGGAGCUGGGAUUGGACAAACUUUAUUGAGACUCAUAAGCAAUCCUCUAUGGAAUUACCUGUAGAAAAUACUUUUAACUA